AUGGUCACAACUGCUUCUCCGACCUCUCCUGAGACCCCCGGCGAAGCUCGAAAGACAAGUGUUCCGCUUCCGAGCAUGGCUUCACGUCUACCUUGCACCGAUUUAGCUGGCAAUUUCAUUCAUCACAAACCUCAGCACAGCAUAAAUAACUCCCACCAACCGAUUCCUUCAUUCCAACCGCAACUGAGUCCAUUGGUGGGACACGAGCAGAUGAGCCCGAACAACGCUUGGCGCCGGAGUGGCUUCUGUCUCCAGGCCUCCUCAAAUGCUUUUCACCAACCUGAUGGUUCGCCUCUGACCCUCGGCGAGCCUGGAUCUCCUCUGGCCGUGCCUGUUCCACAUGCUUCGUCAACAGUUGCUAGCUCUGCUGCACUUCGACCGGGCCUCGACAAUUUGGUGGGUCCGUCUGUUCUGGGCUUGCCAGGCUUGAACAGUUCCGAAACUCUUCUGCCCGACCACUUUUCGUCUUCUUCGCCUCCACCUCCGGCGCCACCACUGCCACCACACCAGAAAGUCUAUCCAUCCAGCCCUCUGCCGUCCAUCUUUCCUAUUUCGUCCACAGUGACCACACCCUUGGUGAGCCUAAUGUGUCGUUGUCCAUUGCAGGUUAUAUUUUUACACUUGAAUCCAUGA